AUGUCCGCCUCCCACUCCACCUUCGAGCGUUUGCCGCCCGAAAUUCUCCACCUCAUCGCAGAGGACACCGACAGUCAUGACGACAACGCUCUCACGAGACACGGCUCUACCCUUGCCCUCAUCAAGACGAGCCGCCGGUGCCACGAUAUCGGGGCCCCGAUUCUCUACCGCACAAUCGCGAUUGAUGCCUGUAAGGCAUCCCGGUCCCGGAUACUCGAGACCCUGGUCCACAAUCGUCACUACGCUUCCUUGGUACGCCGCGUGGCAUUCCGUCACUGUGACUUCUGGGGGAUGCCCGGGGGCAGCGAUGAGCGCAACGUGAUGCUCGUCCUUCACGGCCUGCUCCGCGAUGCCCUGGCGAACCUGACGCACCUCCAAUCAAUCAGUUCGCUAUGCGGCACUGCGGAGUCGCUCCUCGUGCCCAUGGCAUUUCCCCACCUCCGCUCCCUCGCCCUUGGUGAAUUCACACGCGACACACAGCUCUUCCUCGCAAAACACGCACCGCAACUACGAACACUUGCCAUAUCAUCCGCCCCGGGGUUUCCUUCCUCACUUGAUCUUGCAGAUCUGCGCAUCUUCAAGGGGCCCGCGCCAUGUCUUCUUGCUGCUGUCGUCUGUCCUGCAGCACCGCGGCUGACCCACCUCCAACUGAAACAACACGCCAACGAAGCCCCAGCCUCGUCGGUUUUUGCCAGUCUGCGCAUCACCAUGCCCACGCUGCGCCUGCUGGAGAUCUGGUCGUGGGGGACAUCCUGGGACAUGCCGCUCAUGGAGAGUAUCGCCCGCGUCGCGCCAAACUUGGUCUCCCUGAUGCUGUGCGUCGAAGCAUACUGGGCGGGGAGCGGGAUGGCGGAGACUCGUGACCGCUUCAUCGCCACGAUCAACAGCGCACUCCCGCGACUGCCGCGCCUCUUCCAUCUCGAGUUCUCACAGCCGUUAUAUGCCAGUUACAACGACGCUGAAGACACGCAGGCGCAACAGUAUAUCGAGCAGUUGGACUGCGAAGCGGCGUGGGUAAGACAGUGGGGCAGCGCGUCUCCCGGGCUUGGUGUAUGCACGUUGCCGGCCACGCGCUGGUGGCGGCUAUCGCGCGAGCUGUGGGCGCCGGUGGCGAUCACCAAGGGCUAUCAGGAUCUGAUGGAUCACGAGGGGCUGGGAGACUUGUCCACCUGGACGCGGCGCAGGACGGCCGCACAGGCCGAGGAGGUCGCGGCCGCGGGCUUGCAUCGACGGGCGGAGAUCCGGGCCGGUGCAUCGCUAUUUGCUCGCCGGCUGUCGGAGUUCUUAGCGCUCAAAGAGGACAUUUACCAAGAAUUUGAGGUGCAGUUGAAUGUGUAG